CAAAAAAAAAAAAGCAAAUUGUGUAAUAGCUAUUGGAAAGGGCUCCAUUUCUUCUCUCUAAUACUUCAUCGUCUUCGUCCGAGCUCUUUCCUAUCAGAAGUUUGCUACAUUUGGAAUCAAAUGGCUGGCCAUCGGAUUGCACAUGCCACAUUGAAAGGACCUAGUGUCGUCAAGGAAAUAGUUAUCGCAAGUGUACUUGGUUUGGCUUGUGGAAGCUUGUGGAAGAUGCACCACUGGAAUGAGCAAAGAAAAGUUAGGUCAUUUUAUGACUUGCUGGAGAAGGGUGAAAUAAGUAUAGUUGCGGAAGAAUAGUUUCUCGGGGAUCAUCUCCUGUGAUUUGGCUCUUCAAUUAAACAUGGACAUACUCUUAUAUCGAAAAAAAAAUAAGUUUGAAAACCAAGUAUUUCUCCGUCUAUUUGUUGUUGCUCCAUGUUUGACUUCGAAGUUUUUGAUUUUUAUUGACCUGCUUGGGACAGGCUAGAAUGAAUUUUCUUUCAUCAGUUUGAAGUGUGCCAUUCAACAGGCAAACUCGUGUCCAUGUUAAAAGUAUAUUAUUUCUACUCUAAUAGGUUCUUUUUAAUAAAAGAUUCACCAGAAAAUUUAUCCCC